CCCCUUUACCUGAAAGACGCGCACCUGGAUCCAACGACGCGGAAGUCCGGCUGAGAGAUUCUGACUCCGGUUUGACAUCGCUGUGCACAGAGCAGUCGCUGGUGAAGAUUAAAACUCUUUUGGAAAUGAACUUGGACUCAUUUGAGGAGUAUUCGGUUUGACAGGUGGUGAUGUUACGCUCAGGGUGUGUGCCGGGUGAAACUGUACAAUUGACCACACUCUGAGCGCUCCGGUUUUGGCCUCAAGAGAAUGACUUUCAUCCGGAGGCUUCUGCGCAGGCGUCUGCACCCGCUGAAGCUGGCCAUCGUGGCGCUGGUGUUCGUGACCUUUCUGUUCCUAAUGCAGAGAGAAGUGGUCAGUCAGAACCCUCAGGACGAGCCCUGGCUCAGAGGGAUUGUGGAGAAACGGGACGGUGUUUUGGGGAUGGUGAUGGGAGCUGUGAAUAACUUCCGGGAUGCCAUGCCGAAGAUGCAGAUUAAAGCUCCGGUGAGGCAGCAGGAAAGCCAGGGCAGUCCGGCUUGUUUAUCCGGGUAUUACACGCCGGCUGAACUCAAACCCGUCCUGGAAAGGCCACCGCAAAACCCCAGCUCCCCGGGGGCUUCUGGGAAGGCUUUUCACACUGACAAUCUGAGCUCGUCGGAGCAAAAAGAAAAGGAGCGAGGAGAGGAGAAGCACUGCUUUAAUUUGUACGCUAGUGAUCGGAUCUCGCUCAGCAGAGACCUCGGGCCGGACACCAGACCUCCAGAAUGCAUCGAGCAGACGUUCAGACGCUGUCCACCUCUGCCGACUACCAGCGUGAUCAUCGUCUUCCACAAUGAGGCGUGGAGUACUUUACUGCGCACCGUCUACAGCGUCCUGCACACCUCGCCGGCUCUGUUCCUCAAAGAGAUCAUCCUGGUGGAUGACGCCAGCGCUGACGAGCAUCUAAAGGAUAAACUGGACGAGUUUCUGAAGCAGCUGCAUGUUGUCCGUGUGGUCCGCCAGCAUGAGCGUAAAGGUCUGAUCACCGCACGGCUCCUCGGGGCCUCAGUGGCAACAGGAGACACUCUCACCUUCCUGGAUGCCCACUGUGAAUGUUUCCACGGAUGGCUCGAGCCGCUGUUGGCCCGGAUAGCAGAGAACUCGAGUGCUGUUGUGAGUCCUGACAUCACCACCAUUGACCUGAACACGUUUGAGUUCAUGAAACCCUCGCCGUAUGGACAGCAUCAUAACAGGGGGAACUUCGACUGGGGUCUUUCCUUCGGCUGGGAGACGCUUCCUGAUCACGAGAGACGGAGACGCAAGGAUGAGACGUACCCUAUUAAGACGCCGACAUUCGCAGGAGGAUUGUUCUCCAUUUCCAGAGAUUAUUUCUACCACAUAGGAAGCUAUGAUGAGGAGAUGGAGAUUUGGGGAGGAGAAAACAUUGAGAUGUCCUUCAGAGUGUGGCAGUGUGGCGGGCAGCUGGAAAUCAUCCCUUGUUCAGUCGUCGGCCACGUGUUUCGCACUAAGAGUCCGCACACUUUCCCCAAAGGCACACAGGUGAUCGCUCGCAACCAGGUGCGUCUGGCUGAGGUCUGGAUGGACGACUAUAAAGAGAUCUUCUAUCGGAGGAACCAGCAGGCCGCACAAAUCGCAAAAGAGCACUCUUUUGGAGACGUCUCCAGGCGUGUGGAUCUCCGGGAAAGGCUCCAGUGUAAGAGCUUUUCCUGGUAUUUGAAGAACGUUUAUCCAGAGGUCUUCAUGCCCGAUCUCAACCCGCUGCAGUUCGGUGCGAUCAGGAACGUGGGGAAGGAAGCCUGUCUGGACGCUGGUGAGAGUAAUGAGGGAGGGAAGCCUCUCAUCAUGUACCCCUGCCAUGGGAUGGGAGGAAACCAGUAUUUCGAGUAUUCGACGCAUCACGAGAUCAGACACAACAUCCAGAAGGAGCUGUGUUUAGAUGGAGCCGAUGGAGCGAUGGUCCGCUUAGAGGAGUGUCAGUAUAAAGGCCACAACACCAUCACCGGCCCGCAGCAAAGAUGGGAGCUCCGAGAGGAUCAGCUGUUCUAUAACAAGGCCUCAAAACAGUGUCUGAGCGCUCGACCCGAAAACCCCACACUAGUGCCCUGCAAUCCAGACGACAAAUACCAGCUCUGGCUCUUCACUUGAAUGAGACACACACACACACACACACACACACACACACACACACACACACAGAGGGUCCAAAAUUAACUCUUUGCCAUAGCUGCCAAUGUCAGAUGAACUGAGUCAAAUUUCGGUGCCAUAUAUGUUUCUUAUCGACCAUGAAACUCUAUUUAGCAAUGUUUAAUUUUUGAUAAAAUAUACUUUUAUUUAUUUGACAGUGAAUGCUGCGUAUUUCCAAUGUAGCUCUUGUUCCAAAAUCUGGUGUUUUGCCUUACUUCUAGUCUACUUUCUUUUAAAGCAACAUCCUGAUGGUCAUUAAACAACAUUAGUGAUUGAUUUGUAGUGCUCUUCAUGUACAGUGACUUAAUACGCUUAUUUCACGAAUCCCGGGGCGGAAGUAUAGGACUGUAAACAUUGCAACAACAUACUGUGGAUUACAAACCUCCAGCUGUUGCCGCGAUUUCAAAAUGCAGAUAUGGUGUAAACAUCAGUUUAAUAUCAUUCAGUUCAGUUUAAUUUAAACAAUUAAAAGCAUAUUAGGCAUCCAACUAAAUCAUAAUCUCUUUCAGAAUAAUAUGCUUAAGUGUUCAUGGCACCAGCCUUCAGUUAAUGGCACCAUGGGGAUGCUUUCCUGCUUCAGCCUAUGUAACCCGGUGAGCAAUUAAACAUUGCAGUCCUCUGUAGCACACCCUCGUGUUGUCUGUAAUAGUGUUGUCCUGGCACUGAAGUUUUAAACCGUAUAUGUCCCACUAACAUUUAAGCGCCGCUGAGUGCGUUCUUAAACAGCGCUGAUUUGCCAUAGUAUUCACCAGUACUCACCAGAAAUGACUGUGAUUGGCUGUGAAGGUCAUCAGUCCAUCGCUCUUCACCAAGUGCAAACACAAAUACAGGGACACUGGAGUGUUUUAAAGCCAUGAAGAUUUCGUUUGCUCAUCUGUGUUUGCAAACAGCGGUGAAGUGAACCGAUGACCUUCUCGGCCAAUCACAGUCAUUUCUGUUGAACACUGGUGAAUACUAUGGUAAAUCAGCGCUGUUUAAGCACUCAACAGCGCUUAAAUGUUAGUAGGAAAUUGACGUUUUUUUUCAGUUCAUUCAAGAUUCAGUUCAUUAACUUGAGUUGGAUGAAUGGCAUCUAAAACAUAUUUCUGGGAAAGAAAAUGUUAGCGAACUAGUGCCAUUUCACUUAACUUAGCUGAAAAUGAGGUCUAAUAUCCCUUUUAUUUUCACAAUCAAUUCAGAACGGACCUUCGGGUCAUUCGGAAGGCGGUGAAAUUAUACAUUUGUGUCACUUUUCUUCGCUGAUAAGAAAUACAACUUCCGAGUUGUGAUUAAGUUCAUUACACUUUCUUGAAUGUUUGUUGAACAUACAAUCUGUUUAUGUACUUGCCAAAGCCAUUUUUUUUAUUUUAAUUUGUGGCAGCUGCUUGGCGAGUGCUAAUUUCUGACCCUACACACACACACACACACACACACACACACACACACAGAGAGAGAGAGAAAGAGAGACAGAACUUUAAUUUAUUUUUCUAUGUGGAAAAUAUUGCUGCUGGAACGUCUAUCUUUAGGACCAAAAACGGAGCAUGCAAAGACAUUCCAGUCUAUGGGGGCCAAUGCAGAAACAUGCAGUGAACUGUCAACUUUUGUUGCUUUCUUUUCUCUUUCUCUCCAUUUGAUUGCAUUAUGAGUGAAAUGCUGUUCUUUUUUUGAUGAUUUUUAUGUACAGAAUGGACUCGUUUCAGCUGCGUUUUUGAAUGUGAGAUGCAGAUUACGAAAGUCUAACCAGAACAGAGGCCUUAAAAUAAUUAUAUGCAACAUGUAGAUUUUACAGCACCAAAGACUUGAAAGUAUUUGUUUCAUAUCCCCUUUUCAGAAGUUUUUUUUUUAUCUUUACCAAUAAGACACCACUUCAUUGUUCCUGUUUUGCAGCACCUUAAAUGUUUUAAAAGGGUUUAGAACACGGGCGUCAAAGCCAGUUCUUGGAGGGCCGCAGCCCUGCACAGUUUAGUUCCAACCCUGCUUCAACACACUUAAGCUGCGGUCACACUAGAGUUUGUGCGUGCGAAAUUCUGUCAUACGGCGCUGCGAAAAGGGACGGGAUUAAACAAGAUGAUUAGACAUUUAAAAAAAGCGAGCGAUUGCUCCAUGUUUUAAAUUUCUGUACAAAGCGGUCAUGUUUUCAUCUUCGAUUGGUCUUACGCAGUCAAGUGAUGCCAUUUCGCAGGUCAAAGUUCACUAAGGUUGAACUUUCCAACGCAGUGAUUUGCGUGACUUGACGCACGAGGGGUUGGUGGCGAUCGCGACAUGAGGCGCCUGAUCAACUAGUCUGAUCAGGUGUGUUUAAUUAGGGUUGAAACUUAACUGUGCAGAGCUCUAGACCUCCAGGAGUUUAACACCUGUGGUUUAGAGGAAUUUCAGAAAUGUAAAUAUUUAUUAAACAUAAUUAGAAUUGGUUUCAUAACAAUAUACAUUUGUUAUUGUAGGACUGUCAGUUCAUUAAGGCAAAACUAAUGUAUUUUGCCAUGUCUUGUUAAUAUAUUAAGGAAAUGCUAUACAUUUAUUAUUUUUAAACAUUAUUUGUGACCACAAUUUUUUUGUUCUUGGAAACAUUUCAAAUAGACCACUGGAAUAUUGAGUGUUUUUUCUUCAUCAAAGUAAAUAAAAAAUAAAAAAAUGAAUAGAAAUAAAUAGAAAUUUAAUUAAAAUACAUUUAAAUAAAUUUAAAUAA